UUUUAUUUUAUCUCCAGGAAGGUACAGAGACCGAACAGAAAAAAACCCGUCUCACCCUCCUCUUCCCUCUUUCUCGUCACUUCUUUUAACCGCUUCUUUCUUUCGUUCUGUCUCUCCCCUCCCCGUCUCCAUCAACCGCUCCUUCGAACUCUCCACACUGCUCGCCAUCCCCGCUCUUCUUCCCCUCGCCCAGCUUACUGCCUCGGCACACCAGGGCCAAAUCGAUCGGUCGAGUCCUCACGCAUUCUGACAAAUCGAUCGCAGAAAAGGCGGCGCUCUCGCAGCCACAUACCCCCACACCGUCUUUGACAGCUCCAUAUCAGAACCGCAUAUGAAGGACCCCAUCAGCUGCGGCAUUGUCCCCUCACCUGUCCUUGACUCCUCUGCCUCUGUCUUCAUGGCCUCCAACACCACCAACACAGUGACUACCACUGCCAGCGCCAACACUAGCGAAACUUCGCGUCUCUUUGGCAAGGCCAGAUCCAACUCUUCCCGCCGCAGAGCCAGCAUCGACCACCAGACUGGCAAACCUCACCACUAUGAUCACCGGCGGCAUCAUCACCACGACCCUACUAAGGGUCGCUCCCCCUCACCUCCCGAGGGUGCCCGACGUCUCGCGGUUGCGGAUCAGCAGGUCCUCAAAUACAGCGCGGAUAAUGCUCAGAUCCAUGUCCACCGUCCUGCCAGACAGAGCUGGCCCUCUUUUCUGAUCCAGCACCAGCUCGUUCUCUCCUGCUCCGUGAUCCUCGCCAUCUUUGCAGCCCACGCCCUAGUUCUUUUGGAGGAAGCGCGCAAAGGCCACUCUAUCGACUGGAUCGGAAGUCUCUCGGCGAUCGUCCCUCCCCCGAUCUGGCAAAACCUCCCUCAAUCUUGGACUAGGGCUUCCUCAGGCGGACCUGCUAUCGUCAAGAAAUGGGAUGGAUCCAAGGCUGGUGUCUACAGCCCUAACGAGUCUUGGUCGUCUUUGGCAAUGGGACUGCAGUACCAAGAGAUCGUGGUCGAUGAGGUGACGGGAGCGAAGCAAGUACUUUAUAGUAAGGGAUGGAACGAUCUAUACAUGGUUAUGGUCUGGGUCAUGAUCUGGACUGCCAUUCGUGAGGCGGCCAUGAGCUAUGUCUUCAUCCCCUUGGGUCGGUCCUUCGGAGUUGGUGAGCUCAAAACGAAGAAAAUUGGGAAGGGUAGUGAAGCUACAGUUUCAUCAACUGCAAAAGCAGGAUCGGCAACAAGGAAGCCUGGUGAGCCCGCGUCGCCAUCAGCAACAGGAAUAAACACAAAAACGGUUCAAGGAUCGGGUGAUGCCAAUAGGACGGAGAGUAUCCAGCAAAAGAAGGAGCAGCAUGCACGCGAGGGCAAAUUACUUCGAUUUGCAGAACAAGGAUGGUUGGUGCUCUACGACGGCUGUAUGUGGACCUUCGGCAUUUAUCUGCUUUACCACUCUGCCUAUUGGUCCGACACGACCUACUACUGGCGCGAUUACCCCAAGACGCACCUGGACGCAACCAUGAAGUGGUACUACCUCAUCCAAUUCGCUUUUUGGAUCCAACAGCUCUUACUCGCCAUCCUUGGAAUCGAAAAGCGUCGGAAAGACUUUCUCGAGUUCAUGAUCCACCACAUCAUUACCUGUCUUCUUAUCGGCUUCUCCUACUCCUGUAACCUUACCUCUGUCGGCCAUGCUGUCCUCUGCGCCAUGGACUUUUCUGAUAUCAUCCUCGCAGCCUGCAAGAUGCUCAAAUAUAUGCACAAGGAUCAACUCGCUGACGUCGGAUUCGUCUUCUUUGUGUUCACUUGGAUCCUCUCGCGCCACUACUAUUACGGCGUCAUUAUUUGGUCCACUUUUGCCGAGGCUCCCAAAUACGCGGCCAUGGGUUGGGACCCUACCAAAGGAAUGUAUUUCACGCCCAAGAUCUUACAAGGAUUUCAGUUCCUACUGUGUUCGCUUUACAUGGUUCUGCUGUUCUGGCUGGCGAUGAUCAUCCGUGUGGUUAUAAAGGUCCUCAAGGGCGGGAAUAGCGAGGACGUCAGGAGCGAAGAUGAAGAUGAGGAGGAGGUCAAGGUGGGCGAGGUGGAGAAACUGAGGAGUGAGCCAGCACUAUUGGAAAAUGUCUCUCUCGCCGCCAACGGAACCCCUGCCCUCGCCUGAUGAACUUUUAGUGAAAAAGCACUUGUAACAUACCUAUUUAAUAACAAUUUACCUCCAUCUUGAUAUCUCUCUAUUCAUCUGUCAUGUUCAUAACACCCUUAUUGUGGCUGCACUGAAUUUGAGUCUGGUGCGCAUCUUUCAUCUUUUUCCGUGUCCC